AUGUCAACAAGCUCAUUUAUUAAAAAAAAUGCAACACUAGGCAAAGCAGCAAUUCUUAUCAAGGGUGUUUUGCAAACUUUUGAAAAUGGUAGAUCUACUCUUGCUUUUAAUAAUUUAUGGUUAGAAAUCCAAGACUUUGCUAAAGACUACAACAUUAAUUUCAAUGUACCAUUUCAAACACAAAGAUUGAAACGAAUAAGAAGAGAACCUAAUAGACUUAAUGAUUUCGUUUUGAUUACUGCUACUGGUGCCGAAGAACCCAAUGAAGUUGAUAAUGCUACUGCUGAAGAUUAUUUUCGUGAUUUAUUAGAUGUCAAUUGUUAUAAUUUAAAAUCCGAAAUUACUGUUGUAAAAAACUACUUAACAUUAACAACUGGAAAAGAUGAUAUCUCCUUAGAGGAUUUAAAAACAUUUAUUGUCAAGAAUGUCUACCCAAAUAUAUAUAAACUUCUACAGGUGGCUUUAACUUUACCAAUAAGUUCAGCCACCUGUGAACGUUCUUUUUCUGCAAUGCGCCGAAUAAAAACUUGGAUGCGAUCUACAAUGGUUGAAAAUAGAUUCAAUGAUCUUUCUAUUUUAAACAUUGAAAAAGAUUUAGCAAAAAAAAUUAGUAAUAAUGAUAUAGUUAAUGCUUUUUCGAAUAAAAAUCGAUAUAUUGUAUUGAAAUAA